AUGGCCUACUACUAUGAGGGUGUCCAAGGAGGGCAUUUCUCCAAUGAUCAGGUGUAUUAUGAACAGCAGAGUUACGGCCAGAUGCCCAUGGCCUACCUCGAAAGUUCAACAACCUCGAGUUCCCCGGCACCAGUCGAUCCCAGUCUUGGACCCUUCUCCCAUUCGCAAUGCCAAACCCCAUGGCCGGCGCACCAAACCCACCAGAUUCAGCAAUACAUGGACGGACCACGGACAGCCUUCUUCGUUCCUGACCAUGCCCAAGGAUUGCACAGUCUGAGCCGACCUGCCAAGGAAUCAAACCUACUUCCUCCAGCUUCGCAGAGGAGACACGGUUCUCCGUGUUCUCAGCAGACGCUAUCCAGCAGUGAUUCCCACAGCCCACCCACGGAGAGUGAUGUUCUCCCUGCAACUCCCCCGGACUAUUCGGCCACUUCUCCUUUCUUGCAGCAAAAGCAGUACACCGGAGAUUGGGAAGCCCAGUUCCAGUCUCACACGCUGCUUGGCCUCGACAUGCGGAAUGCUUGCGUCAACCCCCACGAGGUGAACGACAUGUUUGAGAACGAGAUAGUCCCAACAACCUUUGACAGCACGGCAACCUUUAGUAACUUCUGCUGCUCAGAGUCUGAUGAUGCAAGUGUUGUCCAGCACUCGGCUUUCUCGUCACGGCAAAUCACCCCAGAGCCUGUUAUCAAACAGGAGGCGUCCUUCGUCGAACUCCCUUUGGAACCAAACUACCCUGACCCUGAAACGGGCGAUACAAGCAUCUUCGAACCUGAGAUCAAGGCCGAGCCUCUCGCCAUUGACGACGACAAGGACUUAGACUACAAGCCCAAGCAUUCGAGGAAACGCUUCCGCAACACCACGACGAAAUCACAGGCUCGCCCCUCCGGUUCGUCUCAUGAACGAAAGCGAUCGAAAAUCAACAACAAUUCUGGCGGCCUUUCGUCAGCUAGACUGAAUGCGACACUUUCGUCGAUCAGGACUCCCAAGAUCCUUUGCAAAGAGUGCAACACCCCCUUUUCAGACGAGAGCACCCACCAGAAGCAUAUGAAGCAACAUCAUACCCGCCCCUUCGUUUGCGUCUUCAACUAUGCUGGCUGUCCAUCCACCUUCGCCAGCAAGAACGAAUGGAAGCGUCAUGUAAGCUCACAGCACCUGGCUCUCCAGUACUGGCUCUGCAUUCAGGACGGCUGCUGCAAGACAACCAAUCCUCCAACCAAUCGACGUUCCUCCUCCUCUUCCUCCUGCUCUGCCACGCCGACACCCCCGGCCCUGCCAAACGGCGCCAUUUUCAACCGCAAAGACCUCUACACGCAACACGUCCGCCGCAUGCACGUCCCACCCGACGUCCGCAAGGCCCAGAAGCAGAAGAAGUCUACCCCUGAAUGGGACGAUCAUCUCAAGAUUCUCCAGAUCAAGGCAGAGAAAAUUCGCUGCAAUCUGCCGCGUUACAUGCGCUGCCCAGCUAUCAACUGCGGGCACGACUUCACCGGACCCCAAGCCUGGGACGAACGCAUGGAGCACGUUGCGCGACAUCUCGAGCGCGCCGCCGAAGGAAAAGAGCCCAUGGUUCACUUUGGCGGAGAACACGACCCAACCCUCACACAAUGGGCCUCCAGCGCUGAUGUUUACGUUGUCCGCCGGACAAGGAACAUGACUGUUCAAUGGGAGCUCAUUAAUCCGCUUAAAGGAGAGGUUGGACCUUCCGCGGGGAACGGGAAGGGGGGUAGCAGCAGCAGUAACAACUCAGUUCAAAAGGAGAUUGUCGUUGCAGUCUGCUCCGACGAGGAUGCUGAGGGUGAGGAUGAAGAGUGA